UUCGUCUCCUAAAAAUGACGUAAACGCGUGAACGCAUGGCAGUGUGGGGAAGAACUUGCCGACUCCUGAUACUGCUGCAAAAACAUCACAGUUGUAUCACUUCCCAUCUUAUUUCCAGUACUCAUUUGAACCAGACUGUGAGAAAUCACCUUAAAUUCUCCACUGUGGUCCACUGUCACAAGAUUAUGGCUGACCAACCCCAAGUAUUAACUAAUCUGGGGCUCUACAAACCUCCUUCCACGGUCCGGGGCAUGACAGAUCUUGAUCGAGAUGCUUUUACCCAGACUGUCAAUGUUCCUGCGAUACGCAUACCAACCAAUGUUAUCAACAAAGUGGUGAAGAGUUUGAAGAAAGUGGCGCUACACAGGCCUGGCAUUAAACGUGUUGUGGAGGAAGAUAAUACAGAUGGGAAAGAUAACAAUAUUGGAGAUUAUCGGCUUCUCCUACUAGAUCCAAGCAGCAUAACGUCAACAGAUUCAUUUGGAAAUGAUGAGGCAACAGAUUUAAAAGCAUUUGGGGUCCUUCUGGAGAUCCAGAGAUAUGAACUGAAACUCACCUAUGAGAAUCUCAAGAGUGAAGAGAUCCUGCGAGCUGUACUUCCUGAGGGACAGGAUGUGACAUCCGGAUUUAGCAGAGUGGGACACAUCGCUCACAUGAACUUGAGAGACCACCAACUUCCCUACAGAAAACUUAUUGGUCAGGUUAUCAUAGAUAAGAACCCUGGCAUUACCUGUGUGGUCAAUAAGACCAACACCAUCGAUUCCACCUACAGGAAUUUCCAGAUGGAGGUUUUGGCUGGAGAGGAAAACAUGGUGGCAAAGGUACGUGAGAAUGGCGUGUUUUACGAGUUUGAUUUCUCUCGAGUGUACUGGAACCCUCGACUCAGCACAGAGCACGAGCGCAUAGUUUCUCUCCUUCGACGUGGCGAUACCGUAGUUGAUGUAUUCGCCGGGGUCGGCCCAUUCGCAGUCCCCGCAGCUCGUCGAGGCUGCGAUAUCCUUGCUAAUGACUUGAACCCAGAGUCGUUUCGAUGGCUCCAGCACAAUGCUAAACUCAACAAGGUUGAUAAAAAGAUAACUUCCUUUAACAUGGAUGGACGGGACUUCAUCCGGGGACCAGUGAAGGAGCGCCUGCCCGCUCUAAUGAAGGGCUCGCAAAAAAUUCACAUGGUGAUGAAUCUCCCUGCGCUGGCUCUGGAAUUUCUCGAUGCUUUUCGAGGUCUUCUAGGUUCAGAGCCAGAGCAGGGCCUUACCCGUGAGGACAACCUGCCUCAGGUGCAUUGCUAUGGGUUCUCCAAAGAAGAUGACCCCCAGAAGGAUGUAAUUGAGCGGGUGGAGGCGAGUUUAAAGACUACACUGCAAGGACAGUGUUCUGUGCACAUGGUCAGGAAUGUGUCACCUAAUAAAGAAAUGAUGUGCGUGAGUUUCACUCUACCAAGAACAGUCCUGUACAGCCAACAUACGCAAGACAGUGACAGCUCAGAGGAACCGUGUCCAAAGAAACAGAAGUGUGAGGAACCAACAGACUGAAUUAACUACUUGUUUCUGUAACCUUGAAUGUUUAGUUUCUUUUAAAAAACAUUUUUUUAAAUAAACACUCAUGCCAUGUGGCAAAACCAACACUGACACAAAUAUUGUUUUCUUUAUUUAAAUGAAACGGCAUUACAAAAA